UGUAUCUUGAACCUGCUGUGGCUGCAAGUCUGGUCUCGAAAGAGCUCACGCUCAGUGCCGUCGCAACACUCUCUGGCAGAUUGUUCCAAAAGUUCUCAAUUCUCACUCUGAAAAAGUUUGCCCUCAGUUUUCUGGACGUUGGCUUCUUCAAUCUUGAUCUGUGACCCCUUGUAUGUAAACAAUAUGAAACUCUCUCAAAUUCAGUACAUUUCGCUCAAUUCUUACUUGUACAUAGUAAUUUUAAAUAUUCUACAGUACUGAACGUCCAAUGGAUAGACAAAUAAAUUGAAGUCUAAUGAAAUAAUGGUGAAAGCUGACGCCUUCAGAGUGGCUGACCAAUCAGCGAAUGUUUACACUUGUCAGAGUCAGACUCCCAGUAAUCUUUGGUAGAUACUCAGGGACGAUGGCAGCCACACCACCAGCAAAAGCAAACGAAGGAACAGUAACAGACGAAGUAACAGUAGCAGAAGGAGCGAAUGACAGAAGCAACACCCCCAACAUCAUCAGACCCUUAGAUGAACGAGACCAACAGGAUUUAAUGACCAAAUUUCGUGGGUUCCAAACAGGACUGAUACGAGUAGGUGAAAUUGGCCACCUUAUCCCUUUUCACCAAACUGCCUACCUUAAGGAGUACUUUAACUUUAGGUUCCGGGAGGAGGACGUACUGGUGAUGACCUUCCCCCGGAGCGGCACGACCUGGACACAAGAGAUUGUUUGGCUGAUGAAACACCGUGUUGAUGUUGAUGCUGCCCAGGCCACCCGUCUUGAUGACCGGGUCCCCUUUCUUGAGUUCGAUGCCCUCCAGCCUCCUGAUGUAGUGGAAGGAGGGAAGGACGGAGGGGUGUUUUUAGAAAUGGCUAAGAAUCUAGACAAUCCCAGGACAAUCAAGACUCAUCUCCCCUUCUCCCUCCUCCAUCCUGGGAUCCUUAAUACUUGUAAGGUCGUAUACGUAGCAAGGAACCCCAAGGAUGUUUGUGUCUCAUACUACCAUCAACAACGUCUCGUCACUCUGGCGGAGUUUCUUGGCACCUUCCCAGAGUAUGUUGACUUCUGGUGUCGAGAUCUGUUACUCCAAGCUCCAUACUGGGGUCACAUCGCUGAAGGCUGGGCCAGGAGACAUCACAGAAAUGUGUUAUUCCUCCUCUAUGAGAACAUGAAGAAGGACCUCCUGAGUGAGUUACGACGUCUCAACACCUUCCUGGAGACGGGGCUGACGGAGGAGGAGCUUCAGAAGAUCGCUAAGUUUACCAGCUUUGAGAGUAUGAAGAAUAGGACCUCAACUAAUCCUAUGGUGGAGGCACAGGAAGCAGGAAGGUUCAAGAAGGGAACAACAGGAGACUGGAUCAACCACUUUACACCUGACCUGGAAGACAAAUUCAAUAUCUGGCUGGCCAAAGGAGGUCACCUGGCUAAGGAAAUCCCAUUUACCUAUCAUAGUGGUAACCCUCAAUCACAGGGCCCGUUGGUGUAAUCCCAGGGCCCAUUGGCACAAUUCCAGGCUCUUAUACGAGUUGGUAAUGUCAAUUUAUUUGAAUAAAAUUUACAAUAUC